AUGGCACCAUUAUUCAACCCAGACGAAAAGAAGAUUUCAGUGGCAUUUGUAUGCUUGGGUAACAUUUGUCGUUCGCCAAUGGCAGAAGCCAUUUUCAAGCACAGAGUUAAAGAGUUGGGGUAUGCACCAUAUUUCAAAAACAUUGAGUCAUUUGGUACAUCUGGAUGGCAUAUAGGUGAACUGCCGGACUCAAGAUCGGCCAAAACCUGCAGGAAACAUGGUGUACCUGUUCAACAUCAUGCUCAACAAAUCAGUUCCAAGGAUUUCGAAAAGUUUGAUUAUGUUAUCGGUAUGGACGAAAGCAACUUAUCGGAUUUAAUGUAUAUGAAGCCAAGAGGAAGCCAGACUGUUGUUGAUUUGUUUGGAAGGUGGAGAACUAACAUGGAAUUUGAUAAAAUCGUUGGUGAUCCAUACUAUGGAGGCAUUGAUGGGUUUGAAUACAAUUUCAACCAAAUCAGCCAUUUUACAGAUGAAUUCUUAAAGCAGGAAAUUGGAACUUUAGAUUAG